UGGCAGUAUAAAUGCGAGAAACAUGCAAAAAAAUUCCCUUAGAAUACAUGCCGCGAUUGGUACUUCGUCUUCAAAAUUCAAAUUGCUCAUGCGUAGUAACGAUAUUGCAGCUUAAUAACUAGACGGUUCGCCAUCGAAUUGAACCAUUGGUCAAAAUUCGAUGCACUCUUUAAGGUGUUGUUGAUAUUUGUUUUGGAAAAAUCGCUGCGCCGUUUAUCUCUCUAUCUUCUGCAUGUUAAGUAUAUUAAGUGUUGCUCGAAAAUCAUUGUCUACUAUGGCCUGCAGUGCAGCUGAAAAUUUUACAAAUGUAUUUUCCGUGUCUUAUGUUACUGCACCAAAUGAAGAUGCGGCAAAAAAACUUGCUGAAGGUUUAGUGAAAGAGAAGUUAGCUGGCUGUGUCAAUAUAAUUCCAGGAAUACAUUCCAUUUACGAAUGGAAAGGAGAAAUUCAAAAAGAUGCUGAAGUUUUAAUGGUUAUUAAGUCAAGGACUUCUCGAUUAGAAGAAAUGACAAAAUUUAUUAGGGAAAAUCAUCCAUAUGAAGUCUGUGAAGUUAUUUCAACUCCAAUUCAGCAAGGCAAUCCUCCCUAUUUGAAAUGGCUUGGAGAAAUAGUUCCUGAAAAAUAAUUAUCAUCUAAUGUAAAUUUUUUAAAACGUUUGUAAUUCUUGUCAUUAAAAUGUUUUCCUGUGAGACG